UACUGAAAAUUGAGAUGGACAGGCGAAGUACUAAAAAUGAGGUAUAAAAAAAUCAUGUGAAAAAAAUCUUUGACCAAAAUGGUAAAUCAGUAAAUCUCUAUUCUCCACAUUAAAUUACAAGCAAAAUCUCCAUCUGGAGUCUGGAUCAUCUUCUUCCUUCUUCCUUCUUCCUUCUUCCUUCUCUCUCUUCAAUUUCAAUUUCCACGCACGAACAGUGCACUUUACCAAAACCAGACGACUAAAUAAUUGAAUUCUGCGUGAUUUUGACUCCAUUACUCUCUUCUUCCUACCUUCCUUUCCUCUCUCUUCUCCUCUAUUUCCGGUUGAUAUAUCUUUAAAACAUCAAUGUUUUCGUGGAGGAGUUCUCAAAAGCAUGAUGAUAAUGAUCCAUUACAGCAACAAUCCAAGGUCAAAGAACUUAGAACGGCUCUUGGGCCAUUAUGUGGACGUAGUUUAAAGUUUUGUACUGAUGCUUGUCUGAGGAGAUACCUGGAAGCAAGGAAUUGGAAUGUUGACAAGGCAAAGAAAAUGAUAGAAGAGACGCUAAAAUGGAGGGAUACAUACAAACCCGAGGAAAUUCGCUGGCCUGAGGUUGCACAUGAAGGUGAGACAGGAAAGGUUUCUCGGGCAAACUUCCAUGAUCGUGAAGGAAGAACUGUCCUUAUAAUGAGGCCUGGGAAACAGAACACCAAUUCUGGAGAAGGCAAUGUUCGCCACUUAGUUUACAUGUUGGAGAAUGCCAUCCUGAACCUGCCUGAGGGUCAAGAGCAGAUGGUUUGGAUGAUAGAUUAUACAGGUUUUUCAAUGAGCACUAGCGUUUCUAUCAAAACAGCCCGAGAUAUCAUUAACAUCUUGCAGAACCAUUACCCUGAAAGACUCGGUAUAGCAGUUCUUUACAAUCCACCAAGGAUAUUUCAGGCAUUCUGGAGGGCUGUAAAAUAUUUCUUGGAUCCCAAAACUUUCCAGAAGGUGAAGUUUGUUUACCCUAAGAACAAGGAGAGUGCAGAGCUGAUGAGAUCCUACUUUGAUGUAGAAAAUCUUCCGAAGGAGUUUGGCGGCAAUGCUUCGCUUGAAUAUGACCAUGAGGAAUUCUCUAGACUUAUGGCUGAAGACGAUGUGAAGGCUGCUAGAUACUGGGGAUUUGAUAACAAGCCAUGUCAUGCUGCUCAAGGUCAUGUAGUUCAAGAAAUACCUGUGCAGCCCAUUCAUGCCAACGGACAUUCUAAAGCUGAAGUAUUUCCAGAGCCAUAUUAGGCACAACAACCAAAAAAAACCGUAGGUUGCGUACAUCUACCCCUAAACCCCCAGUAGGUGGGAACCAUAAUAGUAUUGGGGUGAUGAAAUGUUAUUGUUGUACCAAAAAAUUGUAAGCUGAUAGAUGUCGAAAAGCUUAGUGCAGACGCCUGUUAUAUAAACUGAAAUAAGUGCCUGUAUGUUUUCUCCAGAAAGCAAAAACAUAACUUACUAUGUUGCGAUUCAGUCGUAUUUUGCAUAUGUGCAAGGGAUCAUGAUUGAUACCUUUAUGCAGUUCUAAUUUUAGAUGUACUAGUAUUUAUUAUUUAGGAAAAAUUGAUAUUAAUAAUCCAACAUUUUACACAUCUAAUUUGAAUAAUCCCACCUUUGGUUUA